AUGGCGCCAUAUGGAGGGCAGAACCGUGCGAAAGAGCUGAAAAAGCUGUAUGACCAUGGCGUGACUGCACGGGACUCGGAGGUCGACCCCGAAGCAGAAGGUAUUUCGGGCGAGGCCAGUGAAAGCAAUGGCUCGGAGACGGAGAGCGAUCCAGAAGAGGCUGCUCGAGAGCAUUACAUCGACGUAGGCAAGAGCAAACUACGGAAGCCGAAAGAAUCACUACUUGGCGCCCAAUACCGUGGAUCACGUGUGGGCAGAGACAAGCUGAGCGACGACGACGACGACGAGCCUUUCGGAAGAGGCUUUGAGGAUGAGGGAAGUGAUGAGGAGCCUAUGGGCGUUGAUUCAGCUGCGAGAUCCCACGAGGACGAGGGUGAUGACGAUGUCACCCCCGACAGCGAUGUCAGUGACGAUGACGAUGAAGUAGCCCGUCCAGGUAUUGUCUCCCAGCCGCAGUCACGUACGACACUACGAGACUUGCCGGUCGUUGGAGCUUCACUGGCAAAAGGCAACGAAGCGGAUGUACAGAAAGGGAACUCAGUGAAGCGCCAACGUAAGACCUUCGACUCGCUGCUAAGCACGAGGAUGAAGCUGCAGAAGGCGUUGGUCGGGGCCAACACGGUCGUCGCUAUACCAGGCGGAGACUUGGCAAGCGAACGGGAAGACGCAGCAAGCGCCAUUGAAGCAGCAGAAGUCGCCGCUUUCAAUCUCUGGUCCACCCUUACCAACUUCCGGGAAGAUAUGCGAUCUGCUCGCACGGGCGACAAGCGAAAAGCCUUUUACUCAGUCAAGAGCUCGACAGCGAGACUCUGGUCCCACCAACAAGACCAAGAAUCUUCCGAGCUCGAACGCCGCAACGCCACCCUCCAGAAAUGGUCAACGAAAACAUCCGAAGGCCAGGCGAGCUCGACUAGCAAACUCACCGCCUCCGCUCCUCAAACCACAGUCCUGGAUGUAAUCCAGCAACAUACAGCCGAUAUGCCACGCUUAGUUGCUCGAGCCCAAACGCCACGCUCUUGUGCGCCCAUCCAAGCCGCCUCUAAAACAACCAGUAUCGACAAGAACAUCUACGACGACGCAGAUUUCUACGGCUUACUGUUGAAGGAACUGCUAGAGCAGAAAUCAGCGGAUUCUGCAACAGCGACAUCAAAUAUCGACUUCUCCUUCCAGAUGCGGCGGGAGGCGAAGACGAAGAAGAAUGUUGAUACGAAAGCUAGUAAAGGGAGGAAGUUGAGGUUUACUGUACAUGAGAAGUUGCAGAACUUUAUGGCGCCGGAGGAUCGACGUGGGUGGGGAGAUAGGCAGGCGGAUGAGCUGUUUGGGAGUUUGUUUGGGAGGAGGAUGGAGUUGAGUGAGGAUGUGGUCGAGGAUGAUGCUGAUAUGGGCGCCGAUGACAAUGGAGAGGUAGAUGCUGAGGAGGCUUUGAUGAUGUUUAGACGAUGA